UCUUGCAACAUUGUGCACUACACCAGAUAGGAAAGUGGUGCUUGUUUGGUGGUACAGUUUGUGUCAAUGCCAGACUCAGUGUUUGCUAUUAUUUCUGUUAGUGUUUGCUAGUAUUUCUAUUAUAGAGAUUGUAUCAAUCUAGUAUCAAUCUAUCUUAGUUUAUCAUGAUUGCAAAAGUGAGAAUAGUUUACCAUAUCACAGCUUUCAGCUGGUAUGCCUUUAUCAUUAAGUCCCUGGCUGCUAAGGAUGGAGAGAAGUUACCACCUGGGAUCUUUGAGUAUGGUGGACCCUGGAAGUACCUUACUUUUCUCAACCUGUUAUUGCAGAUGGUGUUCUUUGGGAUGGCCGUGGUGAAUGAUCUUCAGACUGGGAAAAACACAGUCAAGGGUCUUAACAAGUGGAAAGACCUCAUCUUCUCUGUCCUUGCCUUCCCUGUAGGCAUGUUUGUGGUGCUGCUUUUCUGGGUGAUCUUUUCCUAUGACAGGCAGCUUGUCUACCCAGAAUCUUUAGAUGCCUUCUUUCCUCUCUGGAUGAAUCACGCUAUGCACACCGUUGUUAUGCCUAUCUUACUUGGAGAGAUCCUGCUUCAACAUCAUGUGUACCCAAAGACUAAAAACGGCUUAGCUGCCUUAGGAGUUGUGGGCUUGGCUUACAUGGGCUGGGUGAUAUUUAUCUACUUGGCGGUAGGUCUUUGGGUGUAUCCUCUCCUCGGGCUCCUUAACACCUCUGGUGUGUUGGGGUUAUUCCUCUUAAACAUGACAGUGGUGACAAUAAUGUAUCUGCUAGGACGGACCCUAAACAACUGUGUCUGGGGAAAAGGCAAGACGGUGACUAAAAAUAAAUGAAACUCUGCCCAUUUUCCUCUUUGAAUCCAUUGGGGCCUGAUACAUUGCUGUCACUCAGAUUUCGCCAACAUGCCUCAAGAAAUACUGUAUGUGUAUGAAUAGAAAUUGCACACAGGGUCUUAUGUCAUAUAUACUGUCCUCUGAGAACAUAGUUUCUAACAGACAUACUGUUGUUUUUCUUUUUUCAAUAAACGUUAUCCGCAUGACAAUUACAAAAUAUAACUCACAGUUGAAAAAUCACAGGUAGGCCUAGAUCAGGUUGAUUGGUUUAGUCCUUUUCUACCAGGAAGUUAUCACAACAUUCUCAAAACAAUCGUUCUCUACUUACCAAAAUUCUCUGACUACAACUUGACCAGAUGAGAAUAUGAGAGUAUACAAGGGGUGAUAAAAUAUCCCACCAAUUGUUAUAACUUUUUCUCUUGAGAUUGGAGUAUCGUUGUGUUUUCAUAACGUGUGGAAAGCAUGAACAGUAUGUGAGCUAUUAUAGUCUCAAAACCAUGGUUGUGUGUACUUUUACCACAACAGGAAAUUGGAUGUUUGCUUUUAUGACCAAACAUGUAAUUACAAGGCACAAAAAAAGCAUGUCAUAAAUAUGAUGUAAGUCAUGUUCCUUUUGUAGAUAUGUUUUCAUUAUUCAAUAAUUAACAAAUAAAAUAAAAGGGCAGCACAUCACUGCAAUGACAAA